GCAGGUCUCUCAGUGGAAGUCAUUCACAGAAACGGGAUACAGCACAGGAGAUACGGAAAGCGGAGAUUGCGCUUUACGCGUUGCGUUUUAUAUACGAUACACUUUUCUUCACUGCAUCAGGACAUCCGAAGGUGACCGAAGGAUCGUUGUGUGUCUGCAGUAGCUCUGCAGUCUCAGGAAUGGCCUGCUCGUGAUGCCUGUGUGCAUUCCAGAGGCCCACCUUGGCAGCUAGAGGAGAGGUCGGCCUCCGUCACCAUGACAGUGUUGCCACGGGACGUGGCUUCCCUGGCUGUGCCCGGCCUUAUCCUCUGUUUCAUCACGCUUCCAUUUCCAGCUAUACUGUCCCAGAGGCCUCCUGUCCCCACAGAGCCCACCCCCAGCACCGCCCCCCACACAAGGCCGGAGUGUACCCGUUUAGAGCACCCCGUCAUUUCUAUUCAAGCUUUUAAUCCAUUGAUCUCCACUUUCUCCCACCCUGGCGUAAGGGACUACUCCCAGCUCACACUGGAUCUCACAAGAAAUGAACUUAUAGUGGGAGCAAGAAACUACCUCUUCAGAUUGAGUCUAAGCAACAUUUCAUUAAUCCAGGCAACCGAAUGGGGCCCAGACGAAGACACCAGGAGGUCCUGUCAAAGCAAAGGCAAGACAGAGGUGGAGUGUCAAAACUACAUCCGAGUUUUGCUUGUCAACAAGACAGAGGUGAUCACCUGCGGCACCAAUGCCUUUCAGCCUCUGUGCAUCACAAGAGAGGCAGGGAACAUGAGCAGGGUGUUGGAGAGGGUCAACGGAGUGGCCCGCUGUCCCUAUGACCCGCGUCAUAACUCCACCGCUGUGGUAACCGAAAGCGGAGAGCUGUAUGCCGCGACAGUCAUCGAUUUCUCGGGGCGGGACCCUGUCAUCUAUCGCAGCCUUGGAGGAAUGCCACCUCUUCGGACCGCCCAGUACAACUCCAAAUGGCUUAAUGAACCGCACUUCAUCUCGGCAUACGACGUGGGUCUUUUCACCUUCUUCUUCUUGAGAGAGAAUGCCGUGGAGCAUGACUGCGGCAAGACGGUGUACUCGCGGGUGGCCCGGGUUUGCAAGAACGACAUAGGAGGCCGCUUCCUGCUGGAGGACACAUGGACCACCUUCACAAAAGCUCGACUCAACUGCUCGCGGUCGGGAGAGAUCCCUUUCUACUACAAUGAGCUACAGAGCACCUUCUACCUGCCCGAACAGGACCUCAUCUAUGGCAUCUUUACCACCAACGUGAACAGCAUUGCUGCCUCUGCAGUUUGCGCGUACAACCUCAGUGCAAUCACGCAGGCUUUCAACGGUCCCUUCCGUUCCCAAGAGAACCCUCGCUCCACCUGGCUGCCCACCCCAAACCCCAUCCCAAACUUCCAGUGUGGGACCGUUGAUGAAGAAGGGCCAAAUGAAGGACUGACUGAACGCAGUCUGCAGGACGCCCAGCGGCUCUUCCUCAUGAACGACGUGGUUCAGCCGGUUUCUGUAGACCCGCUGGUCUGGCAGGAUGACGUGCGGUUCUUCAAGUUGGUUGUUGACAUCGUACAAGGGCAGGACACUUUGCAUCAUGUUAUGUACAUAGGCACAGAGUAUGGAACUAUUCUUAAAGCUUUGGCAACCACAAAUAAGAGCCUGCAGGGUUGUUACUUGGAGGAGAUGCAACUCUUCCCUCCUGGUGUUCGGGAGCCAAUUUUGAGCCUUCAAAUUCUCCAUGGCGACAGGACUCUUUUUGUGGGCCUGAAUGACAGAGUACUAAAGAUCCCACUGGCAAGAUGUUCCAGCUACAAAACAGAACUGAUGUGUUUGGAAGCCAGGGACCCGUACUGCGGCUGGGACCGCAAGCAGCGGCGUUGCACCACUAUAGAAGACAGCUCCAACAUGAGCCAGUGGUUCCAGAACAUCACCGCAUGCCCGAUGAGGAACCAGACCACAGAUGGUGCAUUUGGACCCUGGGCUCCGUGGCAACCGUGUAGCCACGAUGACGGCGACGGCACCAGUACGUGUCUUUGCAGAUCGCGGGCAUGCGACAGCCCGCCUCCUCGCUGUGGAGGGAAAAACUGCGAGGGUCCUACUAUUGAGGUGUCCAAUUGUUCAAGGAAUGGUGGAUGGACACCCUGGUCAUCGUGGGGUCAGUGCAGCACAAGCUGUGAGAUCGGGUUUGAAGUUCGCCAGCGAUCUUGUAAUAAUCCAUCACCCAGACAUGGUGGCCGUGUGUGUGUGGGACAGAGCAGAGAACAGAGAUUCUGCAAUGAGAAGGUGUCGUGCCCUCAGCCUAUCUUCUGGUCAUCAUGGCUGCCGUGGUCUAAGUGUAGUGCUGAAUGUGGAGGAGGAGUUCACUCUCGCUCCAGGAACUGUGAGAAUGGAAAUAGCUGUCCAGGUUGUGCUCUGGAGUACCAAGCAUGUAACCUGGAAUCUUGCCCGGAGGUGCGACGUAACACCCCGUGGACACCCUGGGUGCCUGUAAAUAUAACUCAAGGAGGGGCGAGACAGGAGCAGAGAGUACGGUACAUCUGCAGAGCACAACUAGCUGAUCCUCAUGAGUUGCAGCUGGGAAAACGAAAGGUGGAGACGCGCUAUUGUCCCAAUGAUGGGACGGUAACCUGCGAAACAGACACUUUGGUGGAGGAGCUCAUCAGGUCGCCUGGUGUGCGACUGACAGGAUCUGCCUGGUCGUCGUGGGAGAGUUGGUCAGCAUGCACACAAGAGUGUGCCAAAGGCUACCGCACCCGAAAACGCUCCUGCACCACCACAGAGGGCAAAAGCGUUCCCACCGCCUGCCGGGGGUCUCCGGUGGAAUAUCAGGACUGCAAUUCACAGCCCUGUCCAGUUAACGGCGCCUGGUCAUGCUGGUCGCCGUGGUCGCAGUGUUCAGUGCCCUGUGGAGGCGGGCAUUACCAACGAACCCGCACGUGCACGAGCCCCGCCCCUGCCAAUGGAGGGGACAUCUGCAUCGGUCUGCAUACAGAGGAGGCCCUUUGCAACACGCACACCUGUGAUGGUGGGUGGAUGGCCUGGUCGGUGUGGUCCGAAUGCAACGACUCGGGACAGCAGCAGCGCAGUCGAGUGUGUGGGACUCAAUCCACGACGUGCUUGGGGAACAGCACCCAGCAAAGAGACUGCAAUGAGAUCCCAGCGAUUCUCCCGGCAUCAAGCUAUGAUAAGGACCAGCGGUGUGUGGGGUUUACUCUCCUUCACCUGAUAGCUACCGGCGUGUCAUGCUUCCUGGGCGCGGGUCUGCUGUCCUUCCUUGUGUACGUGUACUGUCAGCGUUUUCACAAGCCAUCGCAGGAGUCGGCGGUCAUCCACCCCACAACUCCCAACCACCUGAACUACAAGGGCAACACCACACCAAAGAAUGAGAAAUACACACCUAUGGAGUUCAAGACCUUAAACAAGAACAAUUUGCUGCCAGACGAAAGGACCAACUACUUCCCUUCACCGGUUCAGCAGACAAAUGUGUACACUACCACAUACUACCCCACAGCACUGGGCAAAUACGAUUACCGCCCAGACUCCUCCCCUUCUCCGUGCAGGACCUAUAACCACAGUUGAGACACGUGUCCAAUCACAGCUUUAUCCCAAUGGUGACAAAACCCACACGUCUCCCGAUCCCAACCUUUUCCCCACACACCCACUCCGCACACCUGACGAGAAAGCGACAGGUGCUUUACAUUCCAACUGAUGUUUUCCCAACGCCCUGAGGACAGGACCAGGUCACCUAACUCAUGCCUUACCGUGUCUGAUGGGCGACGGACCAGGCAGGCACUAAACACAUGAACACAAGAUUGUGUAGCUCUGCUGACUAUGAUGAACGGAUGUCUUGAUUGAUCUUUGCAGAACUCCAGUUACCGGAAGAUGGGCGGGCGAAAUCGUGCUGGCUUCAAUAAUGUUCAUUACAGGAAUGUGGUCUGGCAGCCUUUUCUUAAAAGUACAAAGGAAAAAUACAGGGAGACCACAGAACAGAGAGAAAUCGAUGCAGACGGUAUUGAGUGACUGCAGGAUUGAGUCACCUUUGGAUGCACGUGUAAGGGACUUUUAACUUUGGAGGGACGCAUCUCUACAACCCUCUGAGAAACGGAUGCACGUGUUUGAGUUUGCAGAAUCUAAACGCCUGGGUGGAUAUUCUUUGGAUAAAAUGGAGAGGUGGGGAUGCUUUUAGCUAGCGUGAACGGAUUGUCAGAUCAGCCGUUCGAAUUGAAAAUGCUUUUUUCUACCUGCGAAUGCAUGGAUAUGGAGAAAUAUUGCAUUGAUAUGGGACAUGCCUAGAUUUAAAGCAAACACGUUCUGUUUUGUUACUGUAUGUCUUGGUGGUCAUAUUAAAUAUGACUGGGUUCAAAUGGAGGCGGACAUAAUUUUAUUAUGAAAACAUAGGAAAUACUGAUAGCUUGGCACUUGUUUUCUACGGAGGGAAUUAUUCAACAGUUGAGAAAAGCUGUAGGUUAGAUGCACGAUAGAGAUUAUUUAAGUUCAAAUGUUGACAGUGCUAUACUGAAUAUGAACAUUUUUCCUCAUUUCAUACAUUAUUUUCUACCAUUAUUUUUAAGAUGGUUUAUUCUUUACCAUCUAUCAGAGAUUUAAAGGAUUAGUCCAUUUUCUUAAAAAAAU